UGGUUCCGAAGUUCAGCUUAUGGGCUAGUCUUCUUUUCGUGUUUUUUCAUGGCUCAAUGGGAUUUGAUCCGCUGGAUCCUUUUGGAAAUAUAACAAUAAAGUGGGAUGUAAUCUCUUGGACUGCAGAUGGUUAUGUGGCAUUGGUUACAAUGAAUAAUUUUCAAAUGUAUAGACAUAUCAUGAGUCCUGGUUGGACAUUGGGAUGGAAUUGGGCUAAAAAAGAGGUGAUUUGGUCAAUGGUGGGAGCCCAAACCACCGAACAAGGAGAUUGUUCAAAGUUCAAAGGAGGAAAUACACCUCAUUGCUGCAAGAGAAACCCGGUGGUUGUUGAUUUGCUUCCUGGAGUUCCUUAUAACCAGCAAAUCGCCAAUUGCUGUAAAGGCGGUGUGGUAUCUUCGUGGGGUCAGGAUCCCUCUGCUGCUGUUUCAGCUUUUCAAGUGAGUGUUGGUCUUUCUGGCACUACCAAUAAAACUGUAAAACUUCCGAAGAACUUCACACUACUUGCCCCGGGUCCAGGCUACACUUGUGGCCCUGCUACGAUUGUGCCAUCAACCGUCUAUCUUACUCCUGAUCGUAGACGAAAGACUCAAGCUUUAAUGACAUGGAAUGUGACAUGCACUUACUCACAAUUUUUGGUGUCAAGACAUCCAAGAUGUUGCGUAUCGUUUUCUUCCUUUUACAAUCAAACUAUCACUCCUUGCCCCGCUUGUUCCUGUGGUUGCCACAACAAAGACAAAUGUAUCAAGACUGGUUCUAAGGAGCUAACAAAAGCCGGGAUAAACACUCCAAGAAAAGAUAAUCAACCGUUGCUACAAUGCACCCGUCAUAUGUGCCCUAUACGAGUACACUGGCACGUGAAGCAGAAUUACAAAGAUUAUUGGCGCGUUAAGAUGGCUGUCACAAACUUUAAUUACAAACUUAAUUAUACACAAUGGACUCUCGUGGCACAACACCCAAAUCUCAACAAUGUGACUCAAGUUUUUAGCUUCGAUUACAAGCCUCUAGUUCCCUAUCAAUCAAUAAAUGACACCGCGAUGUUUUAUGGAAUGAAGUUCUAUAAUGAUUUGUUAAUGGAAGCCGGACCAUUUGGAAACGUGCAAUCGGAAGUGCUAUUGCAAAAGGAUAAGAACACGUUUACGUUUAAGCAGGGAUGGGCUUUCCCUAGAAAAGUUUACUUCAAUGGGGAAGAAUGUAUGCUUCCUCCUCCUGAAGCAUACCCUUCACUGCCAAACAAUGCUAAUACCGGAAAAUCGGUCAUGAUAUUGGCAAUGUCAGCUUCUAUUAUUUGGUUUGUACAGUUUUUGGCUUGGUGACAUUAAUGUGUGAAUUCUGGUUCUGUUAUGUCUAGUUCGGGCUAAAUUUUGAUAUAUACAUACAU